AUGCUGGCAACAAGAACAUUCGCCCAGUCGCGGCAAGCAUCUCGACCGCUCCGUAUACGCGCUUUUUCAUCAAGCCCGAUCAAUGCUAAGUUGAAGCUUGCCUACGACUUCUACGAAGCCGAGAAGCCUGCCACCAAGAAGGACCCCAUUGUCUUCAUCCAUGGUCUCUUUGGUUCCAAGAAGAACAACCGGAGCAUGAGCAAAGUCUUUGCUCGUGAUCUGAACCGUCCCGUCUACGCUAUCGACUUGCGCAACCAUGGCGAAUCGCCUCACGAUCCGAGACACGAUUACACUGCCCUCGCCGAGGAUGUCGAGGGCUUCCUGCAAGAGCACAAGAUUGAGCGUCCUGCUCUGAUCGGCCAUUCCAUGGGCGCCAAAACAGUCAUGGCAGUAGCUUUGCGCGGCAAAGUGCCCAUCUCCAGUCUGAUUCCCGUCGACAAUGCACCCGUCGAUGCAGCCCUGAAGAGCGACUUUGGAAAGUACAUCCAGGGCAUGCGCAAGAUUGUCGACGCAAACGUACAAAAGCAGUCCGAGGCCGACGCUAUCCUGGCCGAGUUCGAGUCCAAUGUCGGCGUACGUCAAUUCCUGCUCACCAACCUCGCCCGCGGCAAGGACGGCAUCCAAAGGUUCCGCAUCCCUGUCAAGUACCUUGCGAACGCUCUCGACAACAUGGCCGACUUUCCCUUCACCGAUCCAGACCAAGCGCGGUGGGAGGGUCCGACUUUGUUCGUCAGAGGCACAAAGAGCCAUUAUGUGGCAGACGAGACACUGCCCAUCAUUGGAAGGUUCUUCCCGAGAUUCCAGGUUGCAGAUGUCGAUAGUGGGCAUUGGGUCAUCAGCGAGAAGCCUCAAGAGUUCAGAAACGCCGUCGUCGAGUUUUUGCAGGACAAAGAGUAG